AUGUCCCUCCUGCCACACCACCCCCGUCCGGUCCCCUCCCUCCUGCGCGCCUUCACAGACCUAGACAACUAUCUCACGACAUCCACCGCUACAGAUUCUCUAUUCGCAAACUCCCCGCGCUUUGACCUCCGCGAAACAAAAGACGCGUAUAUCCUGGAUGGCGACCUCCCCGGCGUCAAGAAAGAAGACGUCACGAUUGAGUUCACUGAUCCUAGUACGAUGAACGUCAGGGGUCGCAGUGUGCGCAGUACGGAGGGUGAGGAUGGGAACUGGUGGUUCUCGGAGCGGACGAUGGGAGAGUUCCGUCGCUCGUUUAGUUUCCCGGCCAAGGUGGAUCGGGAGCAUGUGGAUGCGAAGUUGACGGAUGGGGUGUUGUCGAUUCAAGUGCCAAAGGUUGGCGGAGAGGUGGAGGAAGAGAGGAAGGUGAUUGAUAUUAAAUAG